CUCAUACUGCAACGAACCAGGCAAUAUGAUUAUUGAACUUCUAAAGAAAAUGGGCAUUGGUCAAAAACUUCUAGGGGUAACAACCGAUAAUGCCGUGAAUAUGCUUGCAAUGGGGCGCGUCCUAAAAGAAAAAAUGAAUAAUGAAUUUAGUAAUCCAAAUAUACAACAUUUUCGUUGUGGCGCCUAUGUUCUCAAUAUUAUUGUAGAAGAAGGAAUUAAGUCUGUAAGUAAAGAAGUUUUUAAGGCACGUGAGUUCUUUAUGAAGCUUCGAAACUCUCCAUCUCUAAUUCGAGAAUUAAAAAAAAUUUUUGAGUUGAAAAACGUUCUAUUUUUAAUGCCUAAAAUGGACGUAGAUACAAGAUGGAACAGUAUGUACAUUAUGUUAGAGAAACUUCAACGAAUCCGUCCCAUAACUGAUAUCCUUGUAGUGAGCAACCAAACUUUAAAACCAAAUUAUCCUAAUGAGCAAGAAUGGAAAAUUAUCUUUGUUA